AUGUCAAAGACCGCAGAACCACUUGCUGCUCUAACCCCAGGCUGCAUAUACACCGCAGCAACGCUGCAGGGUUUGAAGGACCCCUUAGCUUCUCAGAUAGAAGAGAGAAGCUCUUCUCAAUAUCUUUUAAACUGCGGUGUACUUCAAGCUCAUUUACAGUCGUCUAGACUCGCUGGCUGCAGCAGCAGCAGCAGAAGCAGCAACAGCAGCAACAACAGCAACAACAGCAGCAGAAGGGGCUCCCUUCGUGCAGCAGCUUCCUCACUGCACAGCUCUACUGAAAGUGUCUGGGGAUCAGCUUCGGACAGCAGCAGCUCGCUGCAGCAGCAGCAGCAGCGGCUGCAGCAGCAGCAGCAGCAGCAGCAGCAGCGGGCUGCAUGGCAGCGACAACAGCUUGAUGAAGAAAUAAAAGCAGCAGAUAUUGCUGCAGCGUGGAGCAGCAGCAUCGAUAUAACUCGUAAACUUGAGCUGUACAGACAUCAGCAAACAAUACAGCCUAGGGCUCCUCCUAACGCUGCACUUCGACAGCCAACAGACUCACGUGCAGCAGCAACAGCAGCAACAGCAGCAACAGCAGCAGCAGCAACAGCAGCAGGAAGAAGAGGCGAUGAAGCCCCUUCUUUGCGAGCGACUUUAGUGUUAAACCCGCAGCUUCGUGAGCUGCAGCUGCGGGAAGAGACAGCAGCAGAAGCAGCAGCAGCAGAAGCAGCAGCAGCAGCAGAAGCAGCAGCUCGAAUAAGAAGGGGGCAGCAAGUUGACGAGUACAAUCCAAGCGCAGCAGCAGCAUCAUCAGCAGGACAACAGCAUCAGCAGCAGCAACAGCAGCAGCAGAAGCAGCAGCAGCAGCAGCAGCUAUGUCUCCUCUGGGAGGCGUAUCAGCGCAGCUGUACAGACAGCUCAGGCUGGCUGCGCACAGCAGAUUUGUUGUGGGGUCUGCAGCAUGAUUACAGACUGCUUGAAAUAUUUUGCAUCAAGACAAAAGGAGACACCUUAAGACAAAAGGAGACACCUUGGCUUUGCUGGUUGCAGCAUUUGCUCAGAAGCAGAGACGAACCUAUUCCUAUUGCUGAGGAGAGCGAGCUGAAGAUGAGGGCUCUGAUUAAUGCAGUUAGAUUGGCGGAGUCUCAGUUAAUAUCAAACGAAAGAGCGGUUGAUGACCUCAAAAUCACGUUCGAAACGUUUGUGUCUGUCUUUGGAAAAUUCGUUGGAGACGGAGACCCUGAAAGCUGGGCCUCAAACGGACUGCCUUCAGUGGAAAUAACUGUGGAGAAGGACCCGCCUUAUGGAUUGAGUGUUACGGAGAUGUUGGUUAGAGAUUCAGUCUUAGGGACUUCGUUGACACAGACAGAGUGCUGUCUCCCGUCGAAGUUUAAUUUGGGGCCGCUGCGUUUGUUAGAGUCAGCUGAGAUAUCGCAGCAGCAGCAAACUGCUGCUGCACUGCAGCAAACUGCUGAGCUUCGCUUUAAGGCUGCAACAGCAAAUAAAAUAGAUCAACGCCUUGCUGCCAGAUUACAACUGGAAGCAGAGAGAGCGGAGCUGCUGCUGCUGCAGCAAGCAGCAAAGAAGGAAGUAUUAGAGACGGGGUUUGCUGCGGAGGAGCAGCAGCUGCAGCAGCGGCUGCAGCAAAUAGCAGCACGGGGCCCCUCACCUUGGUAUGUGAGGCCCCUCCCGAAAUUCAAACAAGGCAAGAAAUCAUCAGCAGCAGCAUCAGCAUCAGCAGCAGCAUCAGCAUCAGCAGCAGCAGCAACACCAGCAGCAGCACCAGCAGCAGCGGAAGGCGGCCGACGCGGUUCAAAGGCAGUCCCUCCUCGCCCUUGGGCUCAGCGGCGCAGCAGCAGCAGCAGCUCGUCUCAGCAGCAGCAGCAACAACAGAAACAGCAGCAACAGCUGCUGCAGAAGCAGAAGCAGCAGAAGCAGCAGCAGCAGGAAACAGAAGAAGAGCGCCUCUCCCGCCGCAGCAGCGCUGCUUCUUUGCUGCUGCAGUCUCUAGCAGCACUUAGGGCCUCAGAGAGUCUCAAGCAGCAGCGCAGUUCUAGUUGA